AUGUCUUCCGAGAAAGCGAUCCUCCCCCAGUAUGAAGACCGCCAAGUCACCCUCGAACCCAUGGAGUUCGCGCCCGAAACCACCGACACCGCCACGUGCGCCCGCUUCUCCGUCGCCUGCACCAUCCUCUCGGCGGUCCCGUGGCUCAUCAUCGGCGUCUUGGCCAAGAGCGAGCUAUACGCCGACAACGAGGAAUACAUGGGCGCCGCCCUCGUCGCCAUCCUCGCCGCCCAGCUCCUGGCGCUCAUGCUGGCCACCCUCUCCGCGCAGCUCGCCUGGCCGGAGACGCAGGUCGGCCGAUACCUGGCCGUCGGGCUCGGGCUCGGAGCCAGUACCGCUUUUGUCAUUGUGACGUACGAAUCGCCGGCCUACGCCAACUAUUAUGCGCGGACUUUCAUGGGGCUCGGCGGGUUGUAUGCGGGCUUGGCUUUUGAGGUGGCUACCGGGGCGUGUCAGCGUGGUGUCGAGUAUAGGCUGUCGACAGGGUCAUGA